AUGUCAACCCCAGCUAGAAGAAGACUUAUGCGUGAUUUUAAACGUAUGCAACAAGACCCACCAAGUGGUGUAUCAGCAUCUCCAUUACCAGAUAAUGUCAUGAAAUGGAAUGCAGUUAUUAUAGGACCUUCCGAUACUCCAUUUGAAGAUGGGACAUUUCGAUUAUUAUUACUGUUUGAUGAACAAUAUCCUAAUAAACCACCUCAAGUUAAAUUUGUUUCAGAAAUGUUUCAUCCUAAUGUAUAUGCAAGUGGGGAAUUAUGUUUAGAUAUUUUACAAAAUAGAUGGUCACCUACAUAUGAUGUUAGUUCGAUAUUAACAUCGGUUCAAUCAUUAUUAAAUGAUCCUAAUAUUUCAUCUCCAGCAAAUGUUGAAGCAGCAAAUUUAUAUAAAGAUCAUCGAUCUCAAUAUGUGAAAAGAGUUAGAGAAACAGUGGAAAAUAGUUGGAAUGAUGAUGAUGAUGAGGAGGAGGACGAUGAUGAGGACGAUGAUGAGGAUGACGAGGAUGAGGAUAAUAUAGAGGAGGAUUAA